GGCGGUAUGUUCAUGUUUUAUCUAACGUAAACCCAUUCUACGCAUUGACUUUUGGGGUUCCAAUUCAUACUCUCAUCAAGGCUACUUUCACCCGUCCAAUACCUCUUUAUUUCCAGCACAAUCCACGCCGUCGUGUCAUAACACACUAAUUUUCACUCAGCUUCACUGCCAACGAUGACCUCAAAGGCCUCCGUCGCCGGUACUCCUUCCCGGGAACGGCAUCCGACGUCGUCUUCGCAGUUGACAGCUUCUCCAAUUCCCAUGCGUACCACCGCCUCUUCAUCGACAUCCUCUUUAGUCACGUCGUCAACAGCACCCACAACCAGUCCAAUCACCCUUGAGGCUAUACUUGCUGCCCAUGCCAACGCACCCAAUCCCUUUGCGGCUGCUCUCGAACAGGCUCUGUCCGAACGCAACGUAUUCUCCACACAAAACACCCAGCUUUGGAAGCUCAUCGAGAAACAGCGUUCCGGUUACAGUCAAGUGCUAAAAGAGCUCGAGCGCGUCAGGAACGAGAGGGAUACGUUCAAGGCUAGACUCCAAGCUGCAGGGCUUAGUGACGAACUGCCCAAGAGAGAGGAGAGGGAACGCGACAAGUCAUUGAGAUCAUCUGCUUCCAAUUCUACCAUGGCAAGUACUUCUAUUAGUUUGAAUGGGAGUGCAAACCCGAAAGCAACUAUGGCGCGACAGCAGUCAGACGACGUAGGUGGGUAUCACUCGCCGUUGCACACCUUCACAACCUUCCCACUAAUUUUGAUUCGACCCACCCUGUAUCCUCCGCCAAGCUCCGGGUCAUCGUUAUCCCUUCCUUCACAAAACCCCGUUAUGUUGAGUCCCAUAGUAGAGCAUCGUGGUCCAUCCCGCGAUUCUCGAGUAUCUUUACCUGACGAGGCAAAACGAUACAUUGCCAAUAUGGGUGAAUCGCCUGUGCCUAGCCCGAAGUUAAGCGGAUUUGGCUCUCCAAGAGCCUCGCCCGAUCCUCAAGGACGCCAGGCGUUAGCGAGUAAUGCAUCUGAUAAUGCCUCAUCUGCCUCUUUAGCCCUCGACAAGUCAUCAAGUAGGAGAGACCACGCCGACAAGGAUCCAGUACCUGAAGAUACAGGUGCGGCUCAGUUUUUGGAUUUAGGCGAUGAAGGCGAGGAUGAGGAGGUUGAUGAAAAGAAGUUGAUAUCGCCAGAUCGGCGAGGCAUACCAAGAUCUCCAGUCGAAGACUUCCCUCUGCCCCCUUCACAUGGCCCAAUGCUUUUACCAAAUUCAACUCAGCUACAGGCCCAUUUGAUGACGCCCACGCAGGCCCAUCCACAUCUAUACCCUACCGCCACACCUCCGGCUCAUCUGCAGUCACACAUGCAAGCCAUGGCUCCCGACUCACCUGUUCCCUCUUCAUACUUAAAUUCUCAACAACCUGCGACAACCCAGAAUGCUCCUACACUUUCUUUCCGUGCGCUACCUCUUGUCUUUGAGGAUCUCAAGACGACACGUGUAUCCGUGUCUCAUUCAUCCAUUCGGGCCAAUGACAGAGGAAAGGAAGUACUCUCCUUUAUCAUCGAGUUGGAUCCAGGUAAUAGGAAGGAGCCCUGGAGGGUGGAGAAGUUGUAUUCAGAUGUGCUGGGAUUGGAUCAACGGAUGAGGAUGUGUGUUGCAAAGGGAGUCGUAAAGAAAAUUGGGAACUUGCCUGAAGGGAAGUUGUGGAGGGACCACGCACCUGCUAAAGUUGAUCAGCGAAAAGUCGCACUGGAAGUGUAUCUCCAAACUCUGAUUGAUCUUCCAGUUAAGAACAAGGACGAGGUUAUUGCUUUCUUCACGUCAGACAUUGUACGAGAUACGAGGAAACCAGUCUCGCAAGCUGGGUACAAAGAAGGCUACCUGACAAAACGAGGGAAGAAUUUCGGAGGUUGGAAAACCCGGUACUUUGUGUUGCAGGGUCCAGUCUUGGAAUAUUAUGAGAGCCGUGGUGGUGCGCACCUGGGAUCAAUCACAAUCACUGGGGCCCAAAUAGGGCGGCAGCAGAGGUCAGGCGAGGCUGAUGAAGAGAAAGACUACCGUCAUGCAUUUCUCAUCAUCGAAGCGAAGCGAGGGCCUGGUGGUAGUCACCCUAGACACGUCCUCUGCGCCGAGAGUGAUGCUGAUAGAGAUAGCUGGGUUGAGGUCCUUGUGCGGUAUGUCUUGGGCUCAUACAACGAAGAACCCAAUGUCUCCUUUGGCUCUGCCCAACCUCGAUCAAGUACGAGUUCCACCAAUGAAAGCGUCACCACUCCAAACGGGAAGCGACCGAUUCGCGCGAUGUCCAAAGACGAUAUAUCUCGGGGGCCUGCUAUACCUAUCUCCCAGUUGGCACCAGACGCUCAUAAUGCCAAGUUGUUCCAAAGUCCGCCUGUAGACGAUCUGGGAUCAUCCAGCCAGCCAUCAAACACCCUGGAUGCUCCCUUGUCGAGCUCGCUGCCUACAUCAUCUCCACUAGAAAGUGCCACUACACAGUUGGCACCUAUCGGCCAAAGAGCAAACUCCGAACUUGGUCAUUAUCCUGAUUUACAGGAUCGUCGAGCAGGCCCCGGUCAACAGGAAUCGUUCUCACCUGAGCAACAUCGGACGAGAGACCCACGUCGGGACAGGAAAUCGUUCCAUCCAACGCUGGGUGCUGUUGGUUCAUCCCCGCCACGUGAUCGAGCCCCUUCACCAGAUGUAAUGGCGACUCCAGUCCGAGGAGAUCCUAAUGGGCAGGUUAAAAUAUCUGGACCACUUGGUGGCGCGCCCAUACCGAUGGGUUACAAGUUCGGAGGGAAGGAUGCUCCUUCUGAGAGUGCGGCGGCACAAGAGAGACGAGAGAAGGCCAAGUCGCGGUCAUUCUGGGGCUUUGGCCGACCUAAUGCCGAUAAAAUGCAUGUUGCGCAUGUUUCUCGAGCGGUGUUUGGUAUACCACUUGAGGAAUCUUUAGAAGUCGCGGAGAUUGCACGUCUCCCUGCUGUCGUAUUCCGCUCUAUCCAAUAUCUGGAAGCCAAGAAGGCGGAACAGGAGGAGGGUAUAUAUCGGCUUAGUGGUAGUUCUGCUGUCAUCAAAAGUCUCAAAGACCGAUUCAAUACUGACGAGUACUGGGAUCCUCAUGCCAUUGCUGGUCUUCUGAAAAGCUUCUUGCGAGAACUCCCCGCCAGUAUACUCACGCGCGAACUUCAUCUCAAGUUCCUCGAUGUUAUUAACUUUCUCAAUCCGCAAGAGCGCAUUAAAGAGCUGUCACAGCUCAUCGCGGCGCUGCCUAUUGCGAAUUACAGCCUCUUGCGAGCGCUGACGGCACAUCUCAUCCUGAUCGUGCAGAAUUCAAACACGAACAAGAUGACGAUGCGUAAUGUUGGGAUAGUGUUUAGCCCAACGCUCGGGAUUCCUGCUGGCGUGUUCAGUUUGAUGCUGGGCGAAUUUAAUAGGGUAUUCAAUGUUGAUGCGGUCCAGGGCACCGAGGAUGAUGAGUCGAGCCCAGACCAUGCAUUUGAUGUGAGCCGGAGGAAUAGCCGGCAGUAUUUGGACGCAGCUGCUGAUCAGUUGUUGGGGCUCUCCGGUAGAUCUCUGAAAGCGCCCCCUGAAGAGACUCCAUCAGAUGAUGGCGACAGCGUAUUGCUACCGUCCGAAAGUGGCAACGACACCACUGAGAACGAUGCCACCGUCGAUUCAAGCCACACACGCUCGAGUGCUGGCGUCAGUGCGUCUCAGCAUGUGCACCACCAACAGUCAAACGACUUACUCUUCCCACCAAGUAACGAUGGCCUGUCGCCCAACGGUCAUAGAUCACAUGCGUCGAAUGUAGCGGCGAGCCGUGGGCUAAAUAUUGCGAUUAGCAAGAAGGGAAACAGACAUAGUCGAGUGAUGGGUUUGCCUGUGUCGCCUCGGCCUGCGGGAUCUCCAAUGUCACCUGCGCCGUCGUUGCAGACUGCUAAGCAGGGAUGAAGAGGAUAUCCCUUCUGCAUUCCCCUAGCGUCUCCUUCACAUGCCUUACUAUCGACUUAUCUCUCCCUAUGUGGUCGAGGACUUUUAAUCACGACAACCCCGGCCAUAUAUACGGUGCAUGCGACGUUUUACAAUGCUUCCAAAACAACAGAUUUCUAAUGUAGGAUAGUACUAUACUUCACCUUGAUAUAUUUUUUUUCCAUCUUCAUUUAGUUUCUUUUGUGUUAGAGCUCUCUUUUCUUUUUCCUGUGGUUGCGUUCGAGUUCAUAUUCCCUGGUUUUUGUUACCAUAUAUAUGAUGAUACCCAUGAUACUUAGGCGUACUAGCAUGGACCCCCUACAAAAAUCUAUGUACAUGUCAGUGCUCAUGCACAUGAAUCUAACAUGUCUUUAACGGUUUGGGAUGAAGAUGUGGAUAUGAAAAUGUGAUACAACGGGAGUGAGCCUCGGGUCUGUCGGUGCGCGCGUCAAAGAGUGCCGGCGAUAUGAGUAUCGUACCACGCGUACGUAUGCGAUAGCGCAGACGACUCGAUAUCAACCAAGGCACUUGCCGUCAACCACUUGGAAACGAUACAUUCACGCAGUAAAAAAUGGGAUUCAGACAAGGAGCAGUAUUGGCCUCUUGCUCUUUUCUUUUGGGUGCGUGAAUGACCUUUUUGUCGUGUUGAUGUGGACUAAUGAGACUCGAAUUUGAUUUGUAGGGGUGUUAUUCAUAUGUUAUUUCGUCGACCAUAGAGUCUUACACCAGGAUUUGACGAAUGAGAUUAUAGAGGACGGGUUUCAUUUUUAUACGACGUUUUUCAAUGCCCCACCUGCCAUUAAGGCGUUGCUACAUGGCUUCAUUGGAGUGGGAGUACUAGGGCUGGUUGCAAAACUACACAAAUGGGAUGAAAGUGCGAUGUUCUUUGACGGAUCGAGUCUCGCGGCCUAUAUUUUCGGUGUUGCGGUGUACACUGCAGUGACUAUCCCGUCUUUGCGUACGAUUGUGACGCCUGUCGAGAGCAUAGACACGCGUGCGGACCGUGUCGAAGCAAUGCGAGUACUCUCUGCUGGGAACACUAUCAUGAUAGUCAUCCUUGGUGCAAUAUUAGUACUUCAGGGUGGACAAGAGUACGCACGCCGGGCAGAGCUGAGAGAAUUGGCUAGAAUGGAGGCACAAGAGCGGAAAGCGAAGACGGAAGUGAACGGAUCCUCCUCGAGCAGUGCUCGUGGCGAGAAGGACAAGACAGAAUGAUUAGGAGAGAGGACACGAAUGGCAAGCUAAAGGAUAUACCCGUAUACGUAUACACGACGCUUCGGUCUUGUUCUCGCGAGUGCUAUCUGGACUGGAUGGCUGCUCAGUUACUCGAUCUCUGGUGAGCAGCUGCGACUAAUAUAAUACGAGACCACCAUUGUUACUAUUUUUUACGUGUGCUGUAAUUGAAAUGGUAGGAGCACAUGCUGUUGCCGCGGUUGAUUGAGCAGCUGCGUUCCGUACCCGCGUUACUCAUGCUAAGUCCCAGAGAACAAGGUUAAGCUGGAGUUAUGCCCCGUUUUGUAGUUAACAGUGAAGGGAUGACAGCUUUUGUUCCCACAUACGAGUCUUUUCUGGAGCACGUACCCGCGAACCUGGCGAGACGAGAUUCUUGUACUGAGGUUCUUGACAUGGUUGCUGUAGGACGCCACAAU